CACUCGCAAGUCGAAAAUGGCGGAUGUAAUGAGUGUUGGAGUGAAUUUGGAAGCUUUUUCUCAAGCAAUAAGCGCAAUUCAAGCUCUUCGGUCUAGUGUGACUCGUGUGUUUGAUUCCCUGAAAGAUGGCAUGAAAAAUAAAGAAACUCUGGAAGGCCGGGAAAAGGUUUUCAUUACAGAAUUCCAGGACAAUUUGCAGUCGGUCAACCGUGAUUUGAAUGAGCUGGAACGCCUGAGUAACCUAGUUGGCAGACCUUCUGAAAGCCACCCCCUUCACAACAGUGGACUUCUAAGUCUUGAUCCAGUGCAGGACAAAACCCCUCUCUACAGCCAGCUACUCCAGGCAUAUAAGUGGUCCAAUAAGUUGCAAUACCAUGCUGGUCUGGCAUCUAGUCUUCUCAACCAGCAGUCCUUGAAGCGCUCUGCCAAUCAGAUGGGUGCCUCUGCCAAACGACGUCCGAAAGUUCAGCCUACCACCCUUGUCCUUCCUCCACAGUAUGUUGACGAUGUCAUAUCCCGGAUUGGACGCAUGUUUCCCGAUAUGACAAUUGAGCUAUCUAGACCCAAUGGUACCUCAGCUGUACUUCUGGUGACUUUGGGGAAAGUGCUAAAAGCCAUAGUCGUAAUGCGGAGCCUGUUUAUCGAUCGGACGAUUGUGAGGGCAUUCAACGAGAAUGUGUACUCUGAAGAUGGCAAGCUGGACAUUUGGUCAAAGUCCAAUUACCAGGUAUUUCAAAAGGUGACGGAUCACGCCACGACUGCCCUGCUGCACUACCAGCUCCCUCAGAUGCCCGAUGUGGUGGUGAGGUCCUUCAUGACCUGGUUGAGAAGUUACAUCAAGUUGUUCCAGACUCCAUGCCAGCGCUGUGGAAAGUUUCUUCAAGAUGGGCUGCCACCAACCUGGAGGGAUUUCCGCACACUGGAAGCCUUCCAUGACACCUGCCGCCAGUGACAGAGGAAUAGCAGAAAAGGGACUGGAGAUCAAUGGUGUUCUCCUAACUCCUCCUCCAGAUUGGCUUGAAAGUGUCAGUAAACUUUAAGAGAGUUCUGGGAGAUCUAGAUAAAAUCUAUAUUAGGUUUUAUAGACCAGCUGAUUCCUACAGUAUAUGGGCAUAAUCCCAUAUCCUUUUGACAAUUUUUAUGUUUUUGCGAAAUGCCCACAUACCCAGAGUGGCCUCAGGAAGCACCACUUUUAACUCUGGAUUGAGACUGGCAAGAUGUACUGUAAUCAGAUCUUUUCUCUACCAACUGGUGACUUUGUUCUGUUUCUCAUAACCUCCACAUUUUUGGGAAACUGCUGAAAAAAUGUGCAGUAUUAACUCAAGGUUUCACAGACCCUAAAAGAAGACGGGGCUACCUCAACGAAAUACUUUUGGUCAAGCUCAUAGAAACCAGCUGUGAACCUGUGUCUGAGGAGCAAGCAUUGAAAUACACACUAUAUUACAAGUGUGUGCUGCGCAGAAAAUGAAAACAUUAUGCUCCGUGUCAAGUCAUCACUUUAUUCUUUUACACGCUUUCUAAGAUUUGUGCCUGCAUUCAGUAUGUCACGUUUACCAUUUCUGCAAAUGCGGCUUUAUAGUCACCUUUCACGGUGCAGUCAGUUCAAUAAUGGUUCAGGGGAGGGGAAGUGUGUUUAGUGUAGUUUGUUGUUCAGUUCCAUUAGCAUGGGAAAAUGCUUUAAUCUUUCAUGAUCAACCCAGAGAACCCAUAAGAAUGUAGUUUUUUUUGUAACGUGAGUUAAAAGCAUUGCUAUAAAUAAACCUGCUUAGAAUUGGACUUCAGCUGCAUGUGCGCUGAGGAGUUCUAUUUUUUUAAACUAGUCUGAGUUCUGAAAUAUGUCGAAUUGUUAAAAAAUAUUGCCCAAAUAAAAAAGUGAUAAAAGGGCAUCUGUACAGAUAAAGAUUAUAGAAUUCCCCAUAAUUGUGCCAACAGCAGCAGUUUCUGCAGAUCAUCUGUCACUGGACUCAGUUUAAUUGAUCUAAAAAUGUUGCCAGUCUUAGAGAAUGUUAUAUGUCUUGUUGAUUGCUUCCAUCUUUUUAGACGGUCAGUGGUUAUUAAAUUUCAACUGGACGUAAGUCAUAAUAGUAGUGAUGUGCAUGGCAGGACAAGGCAAGCUGAAGGGGGGUUUUCACUAAAUAUCUCAUGAGAUCUUUAAAAAUGUUUUUCCAUCUUUACAUUAAAAUGAUCUCUCUCAGUACUUUUUUUUCCUCUUUGAUCAUUUCAGAAGUUAAAAUAGAAGUGAAGCUCUGAGAUCAGCCCACAUUUGUUCAGUAAGAGUAGGUCUUCAUGUUGUCUUUCUACAGUAGCCUGUUUUUUUCACAAAAUAGACCAAAUUUCCUUCAGUUGUCACAAAGAAAGGUUUGCCUCUUGCAGAAAAGUAUUUAUGACCUGGCUUAAACGUAUUGUAAACUAAAAUAUCAUUGAUUUGCCUUAUUCCCAAUCUCCUAUAUUUAUCUUCUGUAAUCAUGUGCCACAUACCCAUGGCACCUGAAGAGCACGCUCUUAUUUAGUAUAGAGGUUUUGUCAUUUGUUCUUCAUCACAAUCUGAUACUUGUAGACUGAAUUACAAAAGCUGCACCUAGUUAUAAACUACUCCCAGUAUUUUUAUGAACGUAGCUUAUUUCAUGUCUGCAUCGAUUAAAGCUGUGAAAACACCAAUUCUCUGCCUUUAACCGAAAUAAAAUGCAGUCAAGAAAAAAAAUGCAGGGGUGACAUCUUCAAGAAUAUAACAGUGCCCUAAAUUGUGGGAUAUAAAUUCUUAUUCAAUAUGAGUACUAAAUCUGGUGUAAUUCUGUAUUUUCAUUUACAGUCUGCAGCGCUGCUGUUGCUUGAGACUACAUGUUUGUACUUAAGGGCCUUUGUGUCGGAGAUGCAGCUUUCAUUUUGAAAUGGCGUAAUAAAAACAAGCAAGACACACUUUGCCA